AAUGUUUAAAAAUUAAGGCAAAAACAUCGUUUGCUGUGCAGCAAACCUCCGAAAUUUUACACUAAAAACUUGGGACAUCGACAAACAUUGCAAAAUGCUGCGAAAAGCCACGAUGGGACUCCUGGCAGCCGCUGCGGUAAAGGCAGCACCCGAACCGCCCAAAGCCACACAACCAAAGAAGGAUGAGGAUUGUUCACUCGUGUGCCGUCCCAGCGAAUUGCCCAUCUACGGCACCCUGCGCAAGACACAGCCCACAAAGGAGCGUCACACUCCGAGAGAAUCGGCGCUGGAAAGGAAUCUGCAGACUGGAGUGCGGACCGUGCGGGAGGAGGUGCAGGCUGGCUACCGGGCCGUGGCUGACCAGGCUGGCAUCAUCGGCACAUACGUGGACACGGCGAAGGCCCACACGCAGCACACCCUCGACAUCCUGAACGAGCCACAGAACUCGCUCCAUCGCAGCGGCGCCAUUGUGGUGGGCGGUCUGGCCGGUUUCAUCUUUGCCGCCCGCGGCGGCUUUGUCAAGAAGGUGAUCUACACUGGCAUUGGCUCCGGAGCGGUUGCCUCCUUGUGCUAUCCCCGCCAGGCGGAGGAGAACUGUCGCGUGGUGCUGCACGAGGGCCGCAGGAUCUUUGCCGUCGCCUACAACUUCAUUAAGGGCGUGAAACCCGGCGAGGAGGUGCCCAUUGAGCCCAUCCAGAAGUUCCCCACCUCGCUGCAGGACCUCAAGUACCUGGCCCUCGACCUGAUCGAUGAGGCCAAGGAGGUGGUCUUUCCCAAGAAGAAGUAAACACAGAGGCAGGGCCUUGGCUUCUGCAAACGAACAUAAAAUCGAACCGGAAGUGUGAACUCUGCGAUGCCGCGCUUCAAUUCUUUCCGAUUUUUUGUGAUCAAUCUAGAUAAUUCUUUACCUCUUUCUCGCCCUCUCCCUGCGGAGUACUUCACGGAGUAGCCACAAAAUAAAUUCGCGUCGCGUCCCAAAAGUGAAA